AAUAAAGCCGUGGUUUACGCGAGUACCCGUACUUACUGUACUCGAGUACCGCCGGUCUUUAGUUGUCCCGCACCAGCGUUCAGGGGACCUUCAUCCCCGGUCGCAUCGCAUCGCAUUCGCAUACAGUAUAAUUGCUUCGUACAAGACUUGUACGUCCCCAAACAGGGAGUUGCACAGAGCUUCAAUGACGUGUGUGGUUUUAUGGGCAUCUCGAAAAGUCAAGAAGCUAGAGACUAGAACGUGGGGCACUGGCAAGAUAUCACAGCGCAUUGGAAUUUCGAGGCUCAAAGAAACUCAGAAAGCUUGUGCUUGCACUGAUCACGGCCUUUAAGCUUGAGCUUCUACGCCGAGGUGGCCUGUGGCCUGUGGCCUGUGGCCUUGCGAUCAACACCAACUCCAACUCCAUCACCAUCCAUCCCCAAACCCCAUCGCACUCUUUUUUAGCAAAGACGAGGUUUGAAAGCCACCUCUUUUUGCGCAUCCAAGAAAACUUCCCAUAAAAUGACCACAUAACGGAAGAAGCCGAACGUCGCAUCAUGUCGAGUCUAGACCAAAUAGUGAAAGGAGCUCCUCCACCAGGCACCAAUUGCGAUCCCCCUCCAACAACUCCUAUCAUCGUCACCGAAGCUCCAAACUCCUCUUCUCUAUCAGAUCCUCUGGCAAAUCUGCCAUCAUCUCCGCCCCAAAUUUAUCUAAACCUUUUGAUUCUCGAAGCAUCUCUACGAGCGCAAUGGCUUCAACUCCGAACCCGCCGGCGGCAGCAUACAUUCUUCCUUACACUUCUCGGUUUAUGGCUAGCAUACUUCAGCUACGCCCUUUUCUUCCAGCCAAGAGAAGAUGGUAGAGGGGUGGGAGGCUCGGUGUACUGGGUUGUGGAAGUUACAGAGAAGGUGUGUUUGGGUGGUGGCAUAGUCACAGGCAUAUUGGUAUGGGGAACGGGAACAUGGUCGAGGGGAAUACGAUGGCCCCGAAGAUGGGUAUACACCACGAAUCGCGGACUUCGAGUUUUCAACUGCAAACUGGUUGUGAUAAAACAACCCAUGUGGGGAGAGAUAGCAUCGACAUUAUCAUUUCUGUUCUCGUACGGACUUUUUUCCGGCAGCAGCGGUAGUUCAUAUCGAUUCGUCGACUACACAACAUUGAAAGAGUCCGAGAAGGCGCAAGAAAAGGGGACCCAUCACGCUUUACCAAAUAUAAGCGAAAACGAUGUAGACGGGCGCGAGGAGGACUUGGAGCCUGGAGGGGACUAUAUCAAACUUCUACUCCUUCCGAAACCCUUCUCUCCGAAUUUCCGCGAGAACUGGGAUAUAUAUCGAACCGAAUACUGGGAGAAAGAGAAUGAGCGUCGUGCUCAACUCCUUAACAUGAUGAAAGCCCGCGAUAGAAAACUCGCAAAGGAACAAGGUGGUUGGCUAUGGUGGACCGGAUAUCGAGGAUGGAAUAGAGGAAAGGCUUCUGAUUUGGAAAAGGUGCAACACCAUUCUUCUGUCCAUCGUCAUGGCUCAGAGAAGGACCAGAAACGUACACGAAGUGGCAGUGUUCGGGAUCGAUCGCAUUCCCGCAAUUCUUCUAGGAGCGCGACACCACUUCUGGAAGCCGAAGAUGGACACUCCACCAGUCGUCGGACUCGACGGGGCAGUAACGCAUCAUCUGCCUCUGAGAGACGAAAAAAGAAGACCACUAGUUCAGGAACGAAACUCACUCCUUCAGGUUCUCGUUCGGUCACCCCCGAAGUUCGCUCUCCCUUAGUCAGGGAGAGCAGUUUUACGAGUAUCAGUUCUGUGGAGUUGGAUCGUCCUGGUUCAGCUGGAGGAGAGAGUGGUGCCUCGGGAUCUUCUACCAAAGUGGCUGGGACUGAUUCAGCGAAAUCCAGCUUGUCGAGAGCGACGGGGAUAAAACCUGGGGGCUUGAAGAGGGGGAGUGUGAGGGGGAAAUAG